ACCUCACUAAACCGUACAAGUACAAAUUGUAUUUUUGUUCAUCAUUGUUAUAGUUAAAUUUUAAUAAAUACAAAAUGAGUACUAUGCCAGUAACUUCUUCAACACUUCUACCAUUGGAAUUGGUAGACAAAUGUAUUGGUUCAAGAAUUCAUAUCAUCAUGAAAAAUGAUAAGGAAAUUGUUGGCACAUUAUUAGGAUUUGAUGAUUUUGUGAAUAUGUUGCUGGAUGAUGUUACAGAGUAUGAAAAUACACCAGAAGGAAGGCGUAUAACAAAACUGGAUGAAAUUUUACUCAAUGGAAAUAACAUAACAAUGCUUGUACCUGGAGGAGAUAUGCCAGAAUAACAUAAUGAGCUCAUUCCUUAGAUGUAUCAAUAUAGUUUUAAGUUAAUUUGAAUACGAAUUUGUAACAAAUGAAUAAUUUUUUAAUAAAUGUAAUAUCAUAUUUG